AUGGAAACCAGCGAGUUUGGGGCAGCAAGCAAAGCAAUCAGGCCCCCGCCCCAGCAGCAGUCGAAAAUAGGAUUAGAUAAAGACAAUGAAAGCUAUUACAUUGUUCUAAAGCUAACAUUUAAUAUGGAAUCGGAAAUUAUUACACUAGCGGGGACUAUCACAUUUUUCAGCGAAGAUUUAAAUUCUAUUAAAAAAGAAGAACUCAAAUUUAAGUCUAAUUUCGUUUUGGACAUUAGGAUAAACGAUUUUGGUAUAACUGCUAAAGAAGUAGCCGAAGCUGAACUAUCAACUUAUGGACAUACACUUCUAGAAACAUUGCAUGCUGAAUUGCAGGAGUAUGAAGGAACCUAUUUUUACAAUCUGGGAGAAAUUCUGCUUGAAGAGAAGUUUUUCAUUCAAAGACAAUAUGACGAAAAACUGAACGAACUUUUUUUGGACGGUUGGAAUAAAGGGCCACGCAAUGAAUACUUUAGUAAAAUUGAAAUAGAAAUAGAUUUUGCUCGCAAAAUCAACAAUAAAAAUCAGGGACUAGUUGAGUUGUAUUUUGAAGAAGAUGCUAUUCGGGCACAAUUAGCUUACUGCAGAGCAAUGGAAGAGAAAAUGACUGGUGCCUAUAUCAAACCAGAUGUUUUGGAAGAAUACCACAAUGAACUUGUGUCUGAAGCAUGCAAAAAAUGGGAAGAAGAGGCCAAAAAAACAGAUGUCGAAACUCGAUUGAGAUUGGAGAAACAAAUUGAACGGAUGAAAUUCAACCUAGACGGGUUGUACAGAAAAUUCAAGAAUUGGAAUGAAGCGAAUAAAUCUUUACUCAGAAGAGUAGUGGGUGGUAUUUCCGGAGUUGUGGGUGCAGCUGGAGUAGGAGGCGGAGCUGUUGCUGGAACGGUUUUGGCAGAAGAAGUGACAAGUAUCACUGCUACUGCGGCACUAGCGUCAUCAGUUGGGAUAGGUCUGGGAAUUCUGGCCGGAGUAUCUGUCGCCGGUAUUGCAUUUUUGGUCGGUAAAAAAUAUUUGGAAAAUAAAGACAAAAGCUUUUUCGCCGAGGAAUGUCACGACCUCAAGAAAAAUUUAGAGAACGUUCAAAGCAGUCAUCAAUAGAUGGAAUACAAUGAAGGACGUAUUGCAAUAAGCUCUCAUCAUUAAUGAACAUUUAUUAGUUUUAGUUAGUUGGAAUUUGGAACGCUUAUGUCCUGCAUUGUCAAUGUAGAUUUAGUAUAUCGCAGUGAUUAUUGUAUAUAUUUUUUCUGCAGGGGUAGUACAUAUACCUGAACUGUAGGCCUACCUGAAAAUAUUAAUGUUUCGUGAAAAAAAUGUUUGAGACACGCCUCUUGCGUGUAACUUUUUUAAAGAAUUGAUUGUGUAAAAACCGAUUAUUUGUUGUUUUAAUC